GAACGGAGCCAGAACUGUUCCCUGUGGGGCCCCCGUACUGCAGAUGAGCCUGUCCGACAAACAGCCCUGAGUCCUCACAUACUGAGGUCGGUCAGGGAGGUAGUCCAGAAUCCAUGUAGUGAGGUGAUGGUCCACUCCUGUGUUGUCCAGCUUGUCCUUCAGGACUGUGAGAAGAAUGGUGUUGAAGGCACUGGAGAAAUCAAAGAAAAUGAUUCUCACAGUGCUCCCAGCAGUCUCCGGGUGAGAGAGGGAACAAUGUAGGAGGUGAAUGACGGCAUCAUCCACUCCAAUGCCAGGCUGUUAGGCAAACAGAUGUGGAUCCAGUGAUGAGCUCACCAGGGGCCGAACCUGAGUCAGGGUCUUAAACAGGUGGGAUGUCAGAACCACCGGCCUGUAGCUGUUGAGGUACUUGGGACGUGAAGUCUUUGGCACUGGUACAACACAGGAGGUUUUCCAGAGCUGUGGGACUCUCCCCAGCCUCAGGCUCAGGUUGAAGAUGUGCUCCAUCACGCCAUGCAGUUGAUCUGUGCAGGGCCUGACCACCCUUGAGCUGAUUCCAUCUGGACCCACUGCCUUCUUGGCUUUAAUCCUCCUCAGUUCCCUCCUAACCUGGGUGGUUGAGAGAGACAGACUGGAGCCUUGUGUUGAAUGUGUAUUGGAUGCUAUUGUUGGGGAUGGGGAGGAGUGAGCAGGGUGAAUAGAGGAGGUGUGACCAAUGAUUUAUAAAGAAAAAUCAUUAAAAUUAUCAGGGGUGCCCAACCUUUUGCAUACCACUGUAUUUGGAGCUGAAACUGCAUUUUUAGAAUAACCUUGCAGUAUAACAGUAAUUAUCAUAAUAGUGAUUAAUUUGUCUAAUCUGUGCUAUCUUUGUCUCACAUGUAUAUGUAUUGGAGUCACAGUAACUGAAGAUAAGGACACUGAUGAAGUGACGUUAAACUGCUCUCUGCUGACAUAUGAGGACUGUCACCACACAGUGAAAUGGCUGUUAAAUGGUUACAAUGUAGACAGAACUAACAACCUAACAGAAAGAUCACAGACUGACUGCUUCACCACUGUGUGAAAUUCUCACAAUUCAAACGUCUCAAGGGACAAUAUAGUGAAGUGUCAAGGAACUCAUACUAACACAAGCAAAGUAGUCUUUACCAUCAUCCAUCAGGCCUCUGGUGAGGAAGCUGUUGGGACAAACAAAACAAAGAAUCCAGCCAGAAAAACUGUAAGCAGCACAACAUCAGUAACAACCACAGCCGUGAAGGAUAUUUCAAAAGGUUUACCAAUGCUGCUGAAGGUCAUCUCAUCGCAUUUUGUAUGUGAAGAACACAGACUCACAACAUCUCUCCUUCUGCCUUUCCUCUUUCUCUCGCUCCUCUGUUUGUGUGUGGGACAGUAUGAGAGAUUCAUCUUCUGCGUCCCUGCUCCAUUUGGCUGCCACAUAUGUCUCAAAUCCCUAAUCAGAGCCUUUAAACAUUUGAUCAUAAAUUCACUCCUCUUCAGAUUGCUGUUAGGUUUGUCUUUAGCAUCACUCAGUCUCCAUCAAAAAAAAAAAUGCUACUUGAGUUCUUUGUUUUUCACUUGAUUUUUCCAGUCACUAAUUUUAAAUGUCCCGGGCCGUCUCCUCGAGACCAAAUACUUAGUCUUGGUAUCCCUGCCUGCUCUGUUUCUCCAUCACUCACCAAACCCAGAUGCAAGACCCAAUCCCCUCUAGCUUGCACAUACUCCCUGAUUCCAGUGCUAAAGCCUGCCUCAGAGUCCACCUCUUUGUUUUACCAUAAUAAUUUUCAAUAUAUAAUAUUUAAAAAAUGAAAUGUUGAUGUUAUUUUUUAAGCCAUUUUCUGCAAUGACUGAGAUUGGAAUAACACAACAGCAAUCAUAGUUCAGAGUUGUAACAUCUACCUGUCAAAGUUUGAAUCGCUGACAGCUAACCGAAAUCAUCACUCUGUGUUGUCCGGUUUGUAAUGAUGUAUUUUGUUAUGGCUAAUGAUAAUAUAACUUGAUUUGUAAAAGGUUUUCGAUCGUGUUUUUUUACAUUUGUGUAUAUUGUGUGAGACUAGGGUCAGUGGGGGUCUGAAAACAGUAAAACAGUACGCUGGUGUUUUAGCUUCACUGGCGUUGGAUGAACUCCUGAUGUUGAUACAGAUGUUGCUUCUCGCUGCCAACAGACCAGGAAAUAAACGCUGUGAAUAUUUCAUCUUUAAGUCUACUGCUGCAUAUUUAGAUGUGAAGAAUCAGAGAUUUUGAAUUGGUGAUAUUCCCACUCAUUAAACUGCUGCAAGAGUGCUAAAGGACAUUAAAGGCAACUGCGCCGAUGCCUGUUCAGAAAUGUCUGGACCCAUGGCACAUUUGUCUAACCCUCACGAGUUAAUCUGGAACACCAGGAGCAGGCUGUUUCUGCUGGCAUUUUUAACUCUCACAGCCCACUCAGCUGAUAGUGGGCAAGAUUUUUAUAAAGAAGCCACUUGUUUCAAAAAAUAAAAAAAAAAUACAACAACAUAAAUGUGUGAAAAAUAGUGGACAUAAAGACUUGAGUGGGAAAGUUUGGUGGCAAACAUGAUCACGAAGAUGGUCUGUUUUCUCAGAAUAAGCAAAGACUAAUAGCCUUCACACCUUUAACCUCCUUUUCCUUUGUUUGAUAUUUAAAUGAAAAGAGAGGGAAGCUUACUAAAUUCAUUCAGUAAGUGACCUCACUAUGAUAUCACUAUGUGAUAAUUCAUUUUAAAGGUAACAACACAAAACAUAUUAUAAAUGAACAACCUACCCACUAAUGUUACAUCAUUCAUCCUCUAACUGAGGAAGGCAUGUUUUGCAACUUGAGUUUUGCUGACCUUGGAAACCAGAGGUGAGCAUCCUGUAGACUACAAAACAAUUUUUUCUGUCCCUCUGAGUGUGUGUGUUUGUACAUGUGCACGCUCUCCCUCAUGUUGGUUGUCUUUGGAAAUUCUGUAAAAAGCUUACCUCUCGCACACAUUAGUCACUUAAGUAGAAGCACAGAUACUUGUGUAAAAAAACAACAACAACUCCACACGGAUGAAUAAUGACUCAACUUCUUUAACUAAGUAAAAGUAAAAAGGUGAAUCAGGAGUUUGACACUUCAACUGUUUGUUCCUAUGUGAUGUUUGUUUUCUAAAACUCUUGACACAUUCAACUUCCUCAGUCAUUUUUUUAAUAUAAUGUCAAACACAUAACUGUCACCAAUGCAUUGUAGGGAUGCACCUCCUGAGGUCAUUUGCUAAAGUUGUGAUGAGGAAGUGAUAUCUGAUGAAUAACGGGAAGUACAAACAGUCUUGAAGAGUCAUCAGCUCAGAGACGGUUGAGAACAAGAAAGAAGUGAGACAGAGAAGCACGAUGGAUGAGCUCAGAUGGAGUAAAAUGUUUUUAUGUCUGAUAUCAAUCAUUCAGAUUGCAGAAUUCUCAACAGUAUCUGCAAAUGAAACCACCAUUUUUAUGAAAGUUGGAGAUGACGUCACUCUGCCUUGUAUAAAUGUGAUAGAUGAGCAGAAUAACUGUGAUGGGACUACGUGGACCUUUGCUUCAAGAAACAGAACACCAAUAGAAGUGAUCAGCUUUGGACAGCUUGGUGAAAAAGCCAAAAAUGCAUCAGACAGACUGAGUGUUACAGCAAACUGUUCUCUGCUUAUAAAGACUCUCACAGUCGACGAUGUAGGUUUUUACUACUGUAAACAAUACAGAUACCUUCAAAAGCACAGACACAAACGUCUGGUUAGCGAGUCUUUGGUUGAUCUCUCUGUACUCACCUUGACUGAACAUGAGGACAAUGAUAAGGUGACAAUAAAUUGCUCUGUGGUGACAUAUGAAAAGUGUCAUCACACAGUGAGGUGCCUGUUUAAAGGUCGAGCUGUGGACAGAGAUAACAAUCAAAUAGUGACUUUACAGACUGGCUGCUCCACCACUGUCUCUUUACUCAAGUCUCACCAUGUUUACUCAUCAAGAGAUUACCUUUUGGACUGCGAAGUGAAUGAUGCUCAUACAGAAGGGAAGCUGUUUACCUUCAGCCCUCAGCUAUCAGGUGACAGACAAAGGACAAAUAAUCCAACCAGAAAAAAUGCAGCAGGCUACAGUCAGUCCAAUACCCAAGCUAUCCAUUGGUACGUCGUUGCAGCUGUGGGUUUUGUCUUGCUCUUGAUAACAGCUGCAUCUGUUAUCAGAUGGAGAAAAACAAAAGCAAACAAAACACAGACGGAUGAAGAUACUGUAGAUCAUGAAGUUUCCUAUGCCACCGUCAGCUACAGAAAGAAAGCCAAGAAUAAAGCCCAGGUUCAGGGUGAUGAUGAAGGUGAUGCAGUGAUCUACAGUGUUUUGAUGGUUUCUUCAUCUCCUGCAGCCACUGUCAACCCCAGUAACCCACAAUAAAAAAGAAAAUAGAGAAAAUAGCAAAAGGAUUUGACCUUUUUUAAAAAAAAAAAAAAAAAAUGUAAAUGGAUGUGUGAUUAGAGACUUCAUGCUGUUGAAUGGCAAGCAUAAAACUAUUAUAGCAAAUGCUGGGAGUCAAUCGAGAAUCAAGGCCAUCUUUGGGUCAUUCCCACUAUUCAGUGUCAUUUCGAGAUAGUAACAUUGCAAAAAGUACAUUUCUAAUUAUCCAUAAUGUUAUAAUGUGAUCUGAAAGAAUGCCUGUUAAACUUUUAGAGAAAUAUACCGGUCAAGCUCAGAAUAUUAAUACAUUUUUCCAGGUUUUCCACAUGUGGUGCAGGCCAAACAUCCCACCUGUUAUGGUACAAUCUUAUCUCUGUUACUGCGUUAUUAAUGUACAAUCACUUUUCUAUUUACAUUUCCUAAGAGCUAAAAUGUCCCUGUGUUUACUCUGCAAAUGUAUUUCAGGGGAGUGCUAA